GAAUAAUCGCUGAGGAGCUCCUGUCGUCCGUAUUCUUAUUAGCAGACGAGAGAACACAUAGACAUAUGCAAACUCUUUACAGCUGCCCGAAAAGGAAAAUCAAAUAGAACACGAUGACAUCCACCGGUGUGGGAAUGACGUCGUCUCUGCGCCUCGUCCAUGCGCGGGGAAGUCCGUCGCGCCAGCUCUGUGCUGCAGUCGCAUCACGUUCGUCUCGUCGUGCAGCUUUCUAUAAAGCAGAAUCUUGUUCCAAGCAGAUAUCGCCUUUCUCGUCCACCAGUUCCUCCUCCAGUUCCUCCUCACUGCCGGCGCACCUCGCCGUUCUCGGUGCGGGCCAGAUGGGCACCGGCAUCGCUCUCGUCGCGGCCAGGCAGAAGGUCGCGAUGAAAGUACACGUAUUGGACGCGUUUUCCGAUUCUUUGGAAAAAUCCAAGAAAUUCGCCGAGAAGUGGUGUAGCAAGGAAGUGGAAAAAAGCCGUUUGACCGAGGCGGAGAAAGAGGAAUUGUUAUCCGAAGUCCUCGUUUUCCCACAAGAAGGCGCAGACUACAGUGCGGUGGGAAACUGUGACUUCGUGAUCGAAGCGGUUUCCGAGAAUUUAGACUUGAAGCACAAACUAUACAAAACUCUCGUGACGGAGUUCAAACUACCAGCUAGCGCCGUUCUUGCUUCGAACACCAGCUCAAUCUCGAUAACCAAACUCGCCGCCGGGGUCCCGGAAAACCCCGAAAGGUUCGUCUAUCCUGAGUAAAAACGUCCCCACACCAGAGUUGUAAUGCAGAUUUGCACAGACAGGAAGGCUUGUAAUGCGCAUCCCCAUGAGAGCCAUUUCCAGUCGUGUUUUGGAAUUUGUGAUGCUGUGAACAGGAUGAGCAGAUGAAUCUGUGAAGCGGCUGCACUUGCUACGCUGCACUACACUGCAGAGCGCAACUUGUCACGCAUGACUCACAAAGCACCUAGGUUUGUGUUGCAAAAUCCCCAUCCUGACUCUGGUGUGGGUACGUUUUUACUCAGGAUAUCGUCGGCAUGCACUUCAUGAAUCCGGUGCCGGUCAUGCCGCUCGUGGAAAUUAUACGGGGGUUAUCCUGUGCAAAAGUAUCGUACUCGUACUAAUUCCAUUUAUGCAUUACAAAUCUAGUUCCCAAGGCAAAUCCGCAUUACAAAUUCAAUUUGUAAUGCUGAGCCAAUUUGUAUUGCAAUUUAUACUAGUACGUUACUUUUGCAAUUCAAAGGGGUUGCAAACCAGCGACGAAACGCACAAAAGGACCUUGGAAAUGGUGUCUUUGAUGAAAAAAGAUCCGGCGACGAGUCAGGAUAGACCGGGGUUCAUAGGUAUAGAAAAUUAUGGUAUAAUUGUUGCUGAACUGCACCUAAUAUUCCCACGCAUGCGUGGUACCCAUAUGAGGAACUCGAGGAGCCUCAGAAGUUAUUUUUAUUUUUCUGGACGACGAAAAAACCUAGCCUCAGUCAACGACGUUACCACUAGGGUAUCAGGGCAGGCUAUUCCUGCCGCGCGUCGGAGGAGGGAGUAGCGCCGAGCCACGCUCGAACUAAUCAUCAUCAUUCUGCGUCUGUUUCAAGUGACUGAAUAAUUUGCCAAAAAAUACAUCACACUUUGAUCACUUGAUCAGCCAACCGCGUUCUGAUGCCGUACAUCAACGAGGCCUGCUUUUUAUGCACUGCAAAAGUAUCGUACUCGUAUAUAUAAAUGCAUGACAAAUUUCCUCAGCAUGAGAAAUAAAAUUUGUCAUGCGGAUUUACCAUCAGAAAAAAAUUUGUAAUGCAUAAAUGCAAUUACUACGAGUACGAUACUUUUGCACAGGAUACUUUUGCCUGCAGGAGAAGAUCGCCACCCGGGAGGACAUCGACAAAAUUCUGAAGCUCGGCACCAACGUACCCAUGGGGCCGCUGACACUCGCAGACUUCAUCGGCCUGGACACCUGCCUCGCCAUCAUGCGGGUGUUGCACCAGGAGCUCGGCGACUCCAAGUACCGUCCAAGCCCACUGCUGGUAAACUACGUGGAAGCCGGAUAUUUGUACGAGGGUGCACAACUCCCCCUCCCCCUCAUUUGUAUGGUAUCAACCGCAUUACAAACACCAGUACAGGUGGACCCUGUGCAUGACAAGUUCAUGCGCCGAGUGUAGUACUGUUUGGAUUUCUGGAAUUUGUCAUGCACACGGUGCCACAAGGUAGCAACUGGAUUUGGGUUUUUGCAUGGCAAAUGAGGGGGAGGGGGAGUUGUGCACUGUCAUAACUUGGGUAAAAAAUCGGGAAGAGGGUUCUAUGACUACUGAGAGGUCGUACCCGCUACAUGCUGGUGGAGCAACCUCUUUCAAAUUUUUUUUGAUAGGCUGCAAAGAAACACUGUGUAGUUGACAGUCACGUGUUGUACCGCUGCACAUGAAGUCUCUGGUCCGCGCGCAUAAUAGUUGCAAACUCCUAAACCUGGACUAGGACUUGCAACGACCUUUACAGCAAAGGUUGUUGCGCAAGGAACUAGGGUGUGCACUUUUUCACUCAGAGAGAAGAUGAAGAUCUUGAAGGUUCACCAAUUCUUCUCAGACUCAGAGUGAUCAUGAGCAACGUUUGCGCCAGCAUACGCCAAGAUGUUGAUAACGUGGAAC